GUGAACGCAUCCAUCGUGGGUGGUCUCCGGGAUCACGAGCGCCGACAGCCUGUCAAACUGUUCAUUUAGUAUAUGUCAAACAGAUUCCACGAGUAACUAUGUGCCAAACCGCUCCAUUGAAACUUCCUUGGACGGUUGCCCCUCGGCCAUUCUUUACACGAACAGUACAUGGGGCUGCUCUAGUAUGAUAUUCAUCACCAAGAACUGCUUACUCUUAACAUCCCCAUCGGCAUCUCUCCAGAGAUAUCCGUCUCACCAACGUCUGCGCCAACCUAGGUACCACCUUAACCUGGCCCGGUUCAAUUUCAGAAGCACUACCCCUCGAUCCCUCAGCUCUGUCCCCAUUGCCUCAUUUAUUAUGGCUGGGUUAACCUGCGGGAGCCCAUUUCCAACCAGUCAAUCAAAUGCUACCCCUAGUUAAAGCGGAAGGGCAGCCAAAACAGUAUAUCGUACCGGGUGAGGAUCCUUGGGACCAGGAACUCCGGACACCGUCCAGGAUCGCUGGUUGAAGGACUCUAUCUUUGCCUGCAAACCUUGGAUGAAUACAAUGACGAGGUACUCGUAGAUACGGACGCACUUUGAAGACGGGACCGCGGAAUUGCCCGUGGAAGAAAGAAAUACGUUCUAUGGCUGGAGGCCUAUUUGAGGGACAAUAUGUGAUUUGUGGAGGAAAGACUUCAAAUGAUGUUUCCUUUGGGUUUAUUAUCGCUUUACUAAGAAUGCUUGUAUUGUUGUGCC